AUGGCCGACCAGCAACCCACCAGCGCCGGCGACAUCAACGGUGCCACUGCCAGCGCGCAGCCCAGCAGCGAAAUCGCAAAGGAACAGAGCCUUCUGCCGAAACUCGUGCCUCACCUCGACCGACACCUGGUUUUCCCGCUUCUCAAUUUCGUGGAGGAGCAGACUCCUGAAGACGAGGAUAUCACCGAGAUCACACAGCUCAAAUAUGGCCUUCUUCAAAGCACCAACAUGUCAGACUUCAUCGGCGACCUUUACGCGCAGCUGCACGAUCUGCCAGAGAGACCGCAAGAGUAUGCCAAGAAGCGCGAUGAGGUGCUGGAGAGACGGCGGAUAUUCGAGGAGGAGACGGAGAAGAUUCAGAAUCUGCUGGCAGACGCAGAUGUUAUCAACAACUUGCGUAGUGACAAGGUCAGCAACAUGAAUUACCUCAAAGAGAACCACGGCGUCACGCAGCAGAUGGUCGAUCAGCUCUACGAGUUUGGACAAUUUCAGUACUCAUGCGGCGACUAUGCGAGUGCAUCAGAAUUGCUGUACCAGUUCCGCAUUCUUUCCACGGACAACGAUAAGGUCAACUCUGCGACAUGGGGGAAGCUGGCGUGUGACAUCUUGACCGUCAACUGGGAGAGCGCGAUGGAGGAGGUCACGAAGCUGAAGGAGAGCAUCGAUACCCGACUUUUCAACAACCCGCUCGCCCAACUUCAACACCGAUCCGCGCUCAUUCACUGGUCGCUCUUCCCCUUCUUCAACCACGAUCCAGCACGCGAGGCUUUGACCGAACUCUUCUUCUCCCCGACCUACAUCAACACCAUCCAGACCUCUUGCCCAUGGAUUCUGAGAUAUCUUGCUGCUGCUGUCAUCACCAACCGAGCACGCCCUGGCACCAAGGGUAACUUCAUCUACGGCAACUACCAGAAGCAGCUGAAGGAUCUUGUCCGUAUCGUACGCCAGGAGCAGUACGAGUACAAUGACCCCGUGACCAGCUUUGUCAAGGCGCUGUACGUGGACUUCGACUUUGAAGAGGCCCAGAAGAGGCUCACCGAGGCCGACGAGAUUCUGCGCGCCGAUUUCUUCCUUGUUGCAGCCUCUGAGUCUUUCCUUGAUGCAGCUCGCCAUCUCAUCUCAGAGUCCUACUGCAAGAUUCACCAACGGAUCGAUAUCAAGGACCUUUCAACCCGUCUAGGUCUGUCCCAUUCCGAAGGAGAGAAGUGGAUCGUCAACUUGAUCCGCGACACUCGCGUUGAUGCAAAGAUCGACUACAAAGCCGGCACCGUCAUCAUGAACCACCCACCCGUCAGCGUCUACCAGCAGGUCAUCGAGCGCACAAAGGGUGGUUUCUUCAGAACACAAGUUCUCUCAGCUGCCGUUGCCAGGUAA